AUGUCGGACCAACCAGUCGUCCGCAUUCCCAUCAUCGACAUCUCCGGCUACCUCGCCGGUGAGCCUGGCGCGAAGGCGAAAGUUGCCGCGGAGCUGCGGACCGCAUGCGAAGAGCAGGGCUUUCUGCAGGUCGUGGGCCAUGCCGUGCCCGAGGACGUUCAGGCGAGAUUUCUCGACGCGAUCCAGCGGUUUUUCGCCCUGCCUAUGGCGGAGAAGGAGAAGCUCUCACAGUCGAAUUCGAAGUGCUAUAGAGGCUACGAGCGACUCGGUGGCCAGAAGCUCGAUGAGCUUGACACCUCGGCAACGCCCGAUCAGAAAGAAGGCUUCUCAGUGCGUCCUGAGAGGCCGCUGGGCAAGUUUCUACAGGGCCCGAACCAGUGGCCGGAGAACCUGCCUGGGUUCGAGGAAGCCUAUAUGGACUACUUCAACUCGGUCCACGAGCUGUCAAAAACCAUGUUCAAGCUGAUGGCCUUGUCUCUUGAUUUACCCGAGGACUACUUUGACUAUUUUGGCUCGGAUCCUGACGGGCUUUGCUUGUGUCGUGCGCACCAUUACCCCCCUACCCCGGCAGAUGUGGCUGGGAGAACGCGCGGCGUAGGCGCGCACACCGACUUCGGAGCGCUGACCCUGCUGCUCCAGGACGAUGUUGGCGGACUCGAAGUCCUGCACAAGGCAACAAACACGUGGCAUCACGUCCCGCCCAUUGACAAUGCGUACGUGUGCAAUAUCGGCGAUCUGAUGCAGCGAUGGACCAACGACCGCUACAAGUCGACCAUGCAUCGAGUCAUCUCCCCUCUUAGUGGCAAGGAUCGAUAUACAUGCGCCUUCUUCAAUGACGGCCCGUUGGACAUGAUCGUCGAGUGCUUGCCCACCUGCACCGCAACUGGCAACGAGCCCCAUUACCAGCCAAUCAAGGUUCUAGAUCAUGUUGGGCCUCGAUAUGUGCAGAGCUAUGGGGCUGCCGGGACGGUGCUGACCGUGGCGUAG